AUCGGCCAAUGGAUCAACAAUAAUUCUCCAAUAUUCUCUCCACUAAUUCUCCGUAUCCAACGCUAUGUCGACGACAUCGUGGAGAGCGGCAGUUGGGGGUCUCCUCGCGAAGUGCGCUCGAGUUUGAAAUUCAAACCUCGUGACGGAGCAUUUGGAUUACAGUUUUAAGGAACUUAGAGAACACCAUCUCCAAUCCAAUGGCGACGACUUAGUGGCAUGAAAUCGAUAUUUUUUUCAAUAUUUAUUAUACUAACAGCAGUUGUUGGCCUUUUAAUAAACGGAUAUGUGUUGAUGAUAAUAAUUUUAACGAAACAGGUUAAAUCUGCAAACCAAAUUCUCCUUCUUCACUUAGGCACUAUAGAAGUAUGCAUAGGAGUACUAUUCUUAGUAUUUUUUAUACCAGGAGCGAAUGAUAAGGAGUGGCCGUCGGCUGGAGCCCCGUGCAUAGUCUAUGGUUUUUUCUUUACCUUACUUCAACCUUUAGCCCUUUGGACGAUCUGCGGAUUAAAUUGUGACAGAUUCUACAUUAUAUCUGUCCCGUUGCAUUAUAAUAGAAUAAUUACUUCCAAGAAGAUUUUAAUAGCUAUUGGAGCCGGUUGGACAAUAUCAAUUUUGCUGAGUACUCCGCCAUUUUUUAAAGUAACUCCGUUUACUUUCGUCCCACGUCUAGGAGCUUGCAGGCCUCACAAUAUUUCUGGAACUGGAAUCCUGUGGUACUCUACUAUAUACACAAUUUUCACAUUAUUCCUACCAGCCCUUUUCAUCAUAUUUUGUAACGUAAAGAUAUUUAUUAUAGCUCGAUAUCACCGUCACAGGAUAGCUUCAGCAAUAUUUCAAGUAGCGAUUUCAGCCCAAGUUGCCAUAACGCAUCAGAAAAAUCCGUUAUCGAUGUCUUUCGGAAGGAUAGCGACACCCCCAAAUGGCCCCAAGUUUCACAGUGCCCUAUAUACACUCUUGCAGAUCGUGGGAUCCUUUUUUCUCCUCUAUUUGCCACAUUAUUUGGUUAUAUUGUGGGAGGCGGCUAUAGAAUCAUUUUAUAGCAGCGAUGGCACAAAAAGCUUAAACUCCAAUUAUUACACAAUAUCUUCCAGUCUUCUUCUUUUUACGAUUCCCGUAAACGGUUUUUUGUACGGCGUCAAAAGUAAACCGCUGAGACAAGUAAUAAAGAACUACUGGAGGAAGAAACAAAACACGCACGACUUAAAUCAGGAGAUUCAAGCAAGAACACCUUCAGUUUGCGGUAGUAGACGACCUUCGAUACUCAUCAAUCCCAAGAAUGUCAUUGGAGACGUGAAUAAAAUCCUAAGAUCCCCCUUAAGAAGCCAGAACAACUUGAACACUUUGCAGGUGCCAAGUAAUAACAGCCAAGGAGUAUCUUUGGUGACAGAGGAUGAAAUUUUCCACAAGUUAAAAUCUAACAAAAAAAGCUCAACGUACAAUUUUCUACGAAAUAUUUUUGGAAAACAUAAAAAAGAGGAUGUACCAAAUUUGUAUAUACCGUUAACAAGUAACUUUAAAAACCAUACGGAGAAAAAAUCACCAACGAUAUUACUCACGAAGGCCUCUUCUGAGAAAAGUAUUUCGAGUUCUGAGAGCAAUGCCAAUCGACAGCCUUUGCUCGAGAACGAAUAUAAAACAACCAAUAUUUUAUUGGAGGAAGAAACGAAGUGUCAAAUCAUAGUAGAAAGCACCUUCAAACCCAUUAUCUUAGAUAUACCAAAUUUUGAAGAACAACAUAUCGAGAAACCCCAAACGUCAACAUAUCAGUACUAAACACAGAUUGCUCCCCACGAAUCAUACAGUGCAAAACUUUGACAGAUAUAUAUGAAAUUUUAGCUAAAAUAAAUAUUAGUUUAUUAUAGAA